UUACAAUUGGUUAAAAGAUUUUUUUUAAGGCCAAAAAAUAGAAACAUUACAUGCACAACACAAAUAUACAUUAUAAACACACAAAAUUUUCACACAAACUGCGUGUGCUGUGUGUAGUGUGUGUGUGGUUUUGGAAGCUCACCAAUAAAGAGGUGAUUAAGGCGUGAAGGUAGUGAGAAGAGCAGCGAGAAUCCCAUUUUUCCCCACACGUUUCGAAUUCCUCCAAAAUCAGAACACAGUAACAAGAAUUAACCCAUUUUCUCAUUUAUUUUUCUUGAAAAUAAAAACACCUCAUGGCAUCACUCGGACAGGCUACACCCAGCCUAUCCCCUCCGCCGUCGUCGCCAAAUUAUUGAAAUUCACAAUUUUUUCUCACCGAAAUCUCAAUUCUCAUUUGGGGUUUCCCUCUCCGGCCCGUUUGAUCUGUUUUCUUGAAUAAAGUUUGAGUUUUUAUUGGGAAUUUUUGAUCUGGGGUGGUUUGGAAAAAUUAUGGAGGAGAGUAGGUUGUGCCAGUGGAGUGUAAUUCGAUCGGUGUUGGCUAUUCUACAAUGGUGGGGUUUCAAUGUCACUGUCAUCAUCAUCAAUAAAUGGAUCUUUCAGAAACUGGACUUUAAGUUUCCAUUGACUGUGUCGUGUGUUCACUUCAUAUCCUCGGCAAUUGGUGCGUACUUGGUAAUUAAAGUGCUAAAACUUAAGCCGCUCAUUUCAGUUGAUCCUGAAGAUCGAUGGAGGCGGAUUUUCCCUAUGUCGUUUAUAUUUUGUAUCAACAUAGUGUUGGGAAACGUGAGCCUGAGAUACAUACCUGUUUCCUUUAUGCAAACCAUCAAAUCUUUCACCCCUGCAACGACAGUGUUCUUGCAGUGGCUUAUAUGGAAGAAGUAUUUUGACUGGCAAAUUUGGGCAUCGUUGAUUCCUAUUGUGGGAGGGAUUCUGCUCACGUCUAUCACGGAGCUCAGUUUCAAUAUGUUUGGCUUUUGUGCUGCUUUGUUCGGCUGCAUUGCUACUUCCACAAAAACCAUUCUUGCAGAGUCUCUGUUGCAUGGUUACAAAUUUGAUAGUAUCAACACGGUGUACUACAUGGCACCAUUUGCAACGAUGAUCUUGGCCGUGCCCGCCUUGUUACUCGAGGGACCGGGUGUUGUGGAAUGGCUCUAUACAUGCCCUUCUCUUCCCUCGUCUCUUGUCAUCAUAUUCGGGUCCGGAGUGUUGGCCUUUUGCCUUAACUUCUCCAUAUUCUACGUCAUCCACUCCACCACCGCCGUGACCUUCAACGUUGCCGGAAACCUCAAGGUUGCUGUUGCUGUGACAUGUUCGUGGCUGAUCUUCCGCAACCCGAUCUCGAUGAUGAACGCUGUCGGAUGCUCCAUAACUCUCGUCGGGUGCACCUUCUACGGGUACGUGAGACACAUGCUCUCAUCCCAAGCGCCGGGAACCCCUCGUACGCCCCGGACUCCGCGGAGCAAGAUGGAGUUGCUCCCAUUAGUAAGUGACAAAUUAGACGACAAAGUUUGAACCUUUUCUUUGCGCAGAAACGGUGAUUAGAUGUUUUACUUGUAGAGAAUUUGAAGAUUUCUUCUUCUUUUGUUAUCAAAUCGAGAAUGGAGUAAGAUUAUCACAUA